UUCUCUCAGUCUGAGUCUGGCGGUUACACCCUAAGACAUGUUUUCCCGUCUUCCCAAGCGUUUCGGGAGGGGGAACGUCGAUUCUGGAGAGACUAGAGUGAAGGAGUCUAGCCUUUCGUCUCAAAGUAAUGAUGGAGAAAAACAGCACUUCUGGGGAAUGUGGAACGCUGGGAGAGAAACAUCAUCCCCUGGCACUGACCUAAGCAAGAAUCAGGCCAUGAAGGAAAAGGAGAGGCUGAUUAAAGAGCUGCAGCUCAUUACCGAGGAGAGAAAUGACCUGAGAGAUCGCCUGAGGUUUCUGACAGAGAGAUCUAUGAAGAACAGGCCACACUUCAGGCCAAAUCCAUAUUAUGAAGACCUGGAGAGAAUGGAGGAGGCGGUCAUGUCAAUUCUGCACAACUUAGAGAUGGAGCACACUGAGGUCCAUGAGAACAACCAUAAGCUGAAGAAGGAGAUUACCUUCUCUAGAAACCUGCUCAGCCAGCUCCUGAUGGAGAACACAUGUAGGAAGAAGUUGGUCCCACUGAAGCAGGAGAACAAGGAGGUACAUCUUGAUUGUGCACUGAACCAGAAAUAUUUGGUUGACUUCAACAAGAAAGAUAAAGACCAUCAACGGCCAGAACCAGCAUUAUCAGGUCUCAGAAAGUGCAAGCGAGCUGGAAUUGGACACACACCAGUAAGAGAGCUUCCUGAAGAAUAAGUUGCUUUCUCAGGAGUCCCUGAUGACCAACAUCCUGAAUGAAAACAGCACUUGAGAGACAACUUGGGGGACCGCCUUUCAUUAUGUGUGCUAGAGGAGAAACAGCAAUACGUCUGUGCUUCUAAAUGUUCGUUAAGAAUAUGCUUUUAGAAAUAUUUUUGUUAUGAUUUUAAUUGAAGUUUUCUUUUUGUUGUUUCAUAUUUAUAUGUUCUUGUUACUAUUUUUACUUUAAAAUAUUUUUAAAUAUUUUUAUUCAUUUUAAUCCUGUUUUGUUGUAAAAAUGUAUUUGUUAUGAAUAAAAAUUGAAUUCUA